AUGACCACCGCGGCUCUACACCCUUCUACGGCAUCGAUCAGUCUUCCUCCGAUCAGCAGUAUCGAAUUUCAGUCACAGAUCGCGCAUCACCGGUCGUCACCAGAAGUCGUACAACCGCUGCCACCACCUCCACCUGCAGCGCCACGUGUACUACCGCCCCUUCCAUAUCCUUCCUACGGACCACGACCUUCAAUGGUACCUCCUCCUCCACCGCCGCCGCCUCCUAUAUCGCACGGGUAUAUCGACACGAGGCCUCUGUAUCCCGGCAUACCAUCAUCUUACCAACCCAUGCCUGGGCGCAUGCCAUUACCUUCCUCGGCGGAUCCCAGUCUCAUUGUUCAUCCUCCGCGACACAAGGCCAAGGAGGUAAAGAGACGGACUAAAACAGGGUGUCUUACAUGCCGAAAACGGCGCAUAAAAGUGAGUCCGGCGGUUCCGUAA